AGCAGAAGCAGCCACUGAAGGAGCUUCACUGGGGACAAGCAGGCACUGGUCAGCGGGUUGCACAGAAGGGCCUCGUGGGAACCUGCACCCAGAGUCUCUUGACACCAGCAUGGCCGGCCUUCAGGCCAACGCUCUGAGGAUUGUUCUGGUGGGAAGAACCGGAUGUGGGAAAAGUGCAACAGCAAACACCAUCCUUGGGAAAAAGGAGUUUGAUUCUAGAAUUAGCGCCAUGUCUGUUACCAAGAGCUGUGGGAAAGCAUCGCGGGCCUGGAAGGGGAGGGAUCUUGUUGUCGUGGACACCCCAGGGCUCUUUGACACCAAGGAGUCACUGGAGACCACCUGUGAGGAAAUCGCUAAGUGUGUCCUGUACUCCUGCCCCGGGCCUCACGCCAUCAUCCUCAUACUACAGCUGAACCGCUACUCGAAGGAGGAGCAGGAUACAGUUGAAUUGAUCAAGGCCAUCUUUGGGGAGCGCGCCAUGAAGCACAUGAUCAUCCUGUUCACUCGCAAGGAGGAUUUGAAGGGCCAGGAUCUCAGUACAUUUAUAGCAACAUCACAGAAGUGCCUAAAAACCAUCAUUGCGGAGUGUGAGUUACGCUGCUGUACCUUCGAGAACAGAGAUGCUGACGAGGCUAAGAAGGAAGCUCAGGUGCAAGAGCUAGUGGAGCUGAUUGAGACAAUGGUGCAGGAGAACGGUGGGGCUCACUUCUCUGAUCCCCUCUUUGAGGACACAGCUGAAAAGCUGAGACGUCUGGAAGAGGCCUUGAAGAAAAUCCGUGCUGACCAAUCAAAACAGGAGAAAGAGGUAGAGCAGCUGGGUAUUCAGAAAAAAAUAUCAAUGAAAGAAAUGGAGGGAAGAAAGAAAUCCAUAAAGGAGCGAUCUGAUAAACGAUUUAAAACUACAAAGGAAAAAGGUGAAAAAAGUAUAUUUACAAAUAUUUACAAACAGAUUUUGAGCAUACUUUCAAAAAUAUGGCCUAGGUUCAGGGACUAAAACAAAUUUUACUUUUUCUUCUUAAUUUACUGUGAUUUCCUAGUGUGGUAGAUUGGGUUUUCCAAAUAUGGCUCCAGCCAUAUCCUCUAUCUCAGCUGUUCUUCUUGUACUCUGUGCCGUUACUCCUUGUGCUGAGUUGUGGGGACUCUG